AUGUCUUCAGCAUAUGACUACGAGAAGAAAAAGGACUUGGAGAAUGACCUUGCUCCAACCACCAGUAUCCAACAAGCCCACGCCGAAGUAAUAAACGACGAUGAGCAUGGACAGUUCCAUCGUUCCUUCACACCACGCCAGAUCCAUGUCAUCUCUCUGGGUUCCAAUAUCGGCAGUGGUAUCUUCAUCGGACUCGGCCAAUCACUAUCGAGUGGAGGUCCCGGGAACAUGAUCAUCGCAUACAUUCUCGUGUGCACUUGUGUCUGGGCUGUUCUCCAAACCCUAUCUGAGAUGACAAUUGCCUUUCCGACUUCUGGCAACUACAUCGAUUACGCCGGCCGCUGGGUCGACCCGUCUCUCGCGUUUGGCGCCGGACUUGCCGAAUGGAUUGGUUGGACUGCAAUUGUUGCUUCUGAAGCAGCCUUUUUCAACAUCCUGAUCCAAUAUUGGGCUGAAUAUUCCCUCCACGAAGCUGUACCACUAACGAUUUUCCUAGUCGUCAUGGUGGCGAUAUUCAUUAUGCCGAACACGGUGUUCGCUUGGUUUGAGUACUUCACAUCUAUACUCAAGAUAACCCUUCUCCUCUUUAUCAUUAUCUUGGGCAUAGUGCUUUGCUGUGGAGCGGGCCCUAAAGGAAUGGUUCAUGACGGCGCGUACUGGAAAGACUUGCCGGUAUUCAAGAACGGUUUCUCGGGUUUCGCGGAAUGCGCACUCCUUGCCGUCUGGGCCGUCGGCGAUCAGGUCUUUAUUGGCAUUAUGGGUGGCGAAGCCGAGAGUCCACGAUACUCGAUGGCACAUGCGACGAAACUGGUUCCAUUCCGGGUCAACUUCGUCUUUCUAUCGACUGUCUUGUUGGUCACAUUCCUUAUCCCAUCCUCGGAUGAUCGGUUGCUGGGCGGAUCGGGUGUAACAGCAUCCCCGUUCAUCAUUGCGGCAAAGGAUGCCGGCGUACCCCAAGUCUCCCACAUAUUAAACGCGGGCAUGAUGGUCAGUAUUAUGGGGAACGGUGCUGAGGCAGUGUAUAUUGCUUCCCGGGUCCUAAGGACUAUGGCCCAUCAAAAGGUGAUCCCGGAAUAUAUGGCCCAGGUUGAUAGCCAAGGCCGUCCAAGGAGGGCACUUAUUUUCACGACGGCGAUAGCCAUAGCGCUUACCUACGCGAACCUAAGUGCGAGUGGCUCAGAAACCCUGACAUGGUUGAUUGCCAUCACCAGCUCCGCGUACUUUAUCAACUGGAUGAUCAUUGCCUACACAUCAUGGCGGUUCCGCGCAUCCAUCAAGGCACAGAACGACGGGCUGUUCUCCGAGCCCUAUGCCUGGAAGUCGACGUGGUGGCCUCUUGCACCGGCGUGGCUCAUGACCGUUUGCAUGCUCCUCCUCGUCUGCUGCUUUGUGAGAGCCAUCAAGCCACCGGGGAGCCCAACGACCGUCGAGAACUUCUUCCAAUACAUGCUUGGCAUCCUCAUCAUUGUCGUCUUCACGGCUGCCUAUAAACUCAUCUACCGCAACCCGUCGCCGAAACCGAAGACCGCGGAUAAUGAAACGGGCAGGCGCCCGCUGGGAAUUGAUGAGCUCACUCAUCUUGAUGAAUACUACAAGAUUCCCAAGUACCGGCGUGCGCUUGGCUAUCUACAGUUAUGGUAG